GACAAAUCAAGCAUAUCAUAGUAUAGUCGGAAAAUAUGAUAAAUUGAUGCCUUUGAAAUAACAGCAGCUAGUUGACCCGAAACUUCAUACAUAUCAUACCACUAAGGACACGAGUGGGAACCCUUGAAGUACAUGAGCGAGAGUCUGGGACUGUAGCUUUCCAAUGCCAACCAACAUGGCUGACAGGAUCAAGUUCCUUGUUCAGAUCUUGCUUGGUCUUAUGGCAUAUAUCGGCAAAACACAAGCCGAGAUGGAUAAUGAAAAGAAAGUAGAAGAAGAGGCUUCAAAGCGAGAAUCCAGAUACACUAAACUAGACACUGGUCUUUUGCUAUUGGUGAUGGUGCUUCUCAUCGCCACCGUCUUGACAGUCUGGUUGUUUAAAGUCAAAAGGUUCCGUUUUCUCCACGAGACCGGUGUCUGCAUGAUCUAUGGAAUGGUAAUAGGUUGUGUUAUAAAAUAUGCUGGUGGUAUCCACAAGAAAGCCUAUCCCGUAAACUGCACAAUACCAUCACCUGAGGAGACUAUUUGGGUUACGGUUGACAAUGGAAGCACAUACUCCUACACACUUAAUGGACGGUUAUCUAAAACCAAAAGUGCAGGCGAACUGGAGCAAAAGGCUGUGUUUGAUCCAGAAAUCUUCUUUUAUGUGCUUUUACCUCCAAUUAUAUUCUAUGCAGGAUAUGAUAUGAAAAAGCGUUUCUUUUUUAGGAAUAUUGGAGCAAUCCUAGCAUAUGCAUUUGCUGGAACAACAAUAUCUUGUGGUGUGUUUGGGUUGACAGUUUAUGCAUAUAAGAUGAUAUUCAACCGUUAUAAAGACUUUGACUUCCUGGAAUGUUUGUUGUUUGGUUCUCUUAUAUCAGCAACAGAUCCUGUGACAGUGUUGGCCAUCUUUCAUGAUUUACAUGUUGAUGUUGAUCUUUAUGCAUUGGUGUUUGGAGAAAGUGUGAUGAAUGAUGCAGUAGCCAUUGUGCUGUUCAGAUCAGUAGAGUCGUACUUACUUGACAGUACAGGCGGGGAGUUCCAGAUUGACAGGUUCUUUGGAUCAGUUGGUAUUUUUAUUGGAGUUUUCUCAGGUUCUUUUUUCCUUGGUUUUGCAAUGGGUUUAGUCACAGCACUUACAACAAAAUUGACAAAUCUAUCUGAAUUUCCUAUGUUGGAAACAGCAUUAUUCUUUCUAUUAUCUUGGUCAACUUUCUUAAUGGCUGAAGCUGCAGGACUUACUGGCAUAGUAGCAGUUCUGUUUUGUGGUAUCUCACAGGCUCAUUAUACCUAUAAUAAUCUUUCUGAUGAAUCCAAGCAUAACACCAAACAAAUUUUUGGUCUUUUAAAUUUCUUAGCAGAAAGUUUUAUAUUUUCAUACAUCGGUCUGGCAGUGUUUACUUUUGAAAACCAUGUUUGGAAACCAGACUUCAUUUGUGUGUCAUUUCUUGGUAUAUUACUUGGUCGUCUGCUCAACAUUUAUCCAUUGUCUUUCCUUUUAAACUUAAAAAGACACAAAAAAAUACCCUACAAUAUACAGCAUAUGAUGGUCUUUGCAGGUCUACGUGGAGCAGUAGCAUUUGCUUUAGCAAUGCGAAACACAGAAUCAACAUCUCGACAGAUGAUGCUCAGUACAGUGCUCGUGAUUACCCUGAUUACUGUCAUAUUCAAUGGAGGAUCCACUCUGACAGUGUUGUCUUACCUGAAAAUCCAAGUUGGUGUCAACCCAGAAGAGGAGGAACAACCCAAGUUUAUAUCGGUUGGAACAGAGGAAUCAGAUAGCGAUCUAAGGCCCCAGAAUGCUCAAUAUGAACGAGCCUGGAUCUUUAGAUUAUGGUACGACUUCGAUAUCAAGUAUAUGAAGCCACUCUUUACUGGAGUUGGUCCCCCUUUGAAAGAUGCGUUACCAGCUUGUUGCGCACCGUUAGCAAGAUUUCUGGACAAGAGGAAGCCUGAGCCAAAGAGGAGAGAAGGAGAUCUUAGUAGCGAUGAAGACCUGGUGAACAUUGAAGGAGAGCUUACCUUCCGUCGCAAUGAAGAGAUCAUGAUCCGACCAUCGAGCGACAGUUUCGUCUUGCCUCAUGACGUAUCCGACCUUAACGAGGGAGACCUGGGUUUAGGAAUGGCAACACACGAUCCAGCCAAAGUAUAAUCCAUAUAGUCUUAAUAUAUAGCCAACGAAAUUUAAAUGUACAAAUAUUCAAGAACUUUGCAUGCGGUCUAAAGUAACACAGGGAGACCAAGACGGUAAGCUUCUUCUUUUAAAAAGCCACUUUAUUAUCAUAUAGUGCCGGUGGUCUUCCUGUGACAUCACAGGAAGACCAACCUAUUUUUUUUCUAUUCAUGCGGAUUUUUGAAAGUGCAUUCAUUGAAUGUUUCUUUUUCGAAAGCAGGAUGAUCACUGAUAAGUAAUUAUCAAAUUGCGUAUUAUUCUAAGUAUCCAAUGCUGUUAGAUUAAACUCUUGUCAAGGUAUCAGUGAUAGUCACUGUCUUCCGGUGAAGAGCUGAGACCACAUUGUAAACUUCAAGUAAACAAGGCCUAGUCUCUUGAGCAGUCGCUAUUAGUGUCGUCACGCAAUGCUCACUCCCCUAAGUACUUAGGGGAGUGAGCGUUGCGUGACGAUUCUAAUAGCGGCUGCGUAGGAGAAUACCUUGACCCCAGGGCCUUGUCACUCAUACUAUGCAUGCACUGCGCAUGCACGUCAAAAUAUUAAAGACUGUGGGAAACCCUAGAAUUUCAAGAGCUGUGAUUGGUCAGAAUAUUUCUCGUGAUUGAAAAACACAUGGCAAUGCAGCUGUAAACCUGAAAGCCAUAUUAAAGAAUUUUUUUCCCGAGAAUUGAAAAAAAUAUCGUCAAAUUAGGGAGCGCACACUCUAGUUACAAUAUUCAAAUCUGAUUUCUCGCUACCGUGUGUUAGGGUCUCCUGCUUGGGACUCUGGCAAUCAUUCGAGCAUGCGUAGUAAGUAUAAAAUGACAGGGUUCUGGGGUCGAGAGGGAAAUAAUCCGUGCAAUUUGUUUUUCGACGUUUGUUAUAAUUCAUGUUGGCUAUAUCAGCACUGCCCGGUGGACUGUGCGCAAUUAUGCGCAAACCUCGAGCAAAUAAUUAAAUAAUACAGACGUAUACUACAGAAUAGUAAAAAAUUAAAUAAAUUUUGAAAUGUUUGAAAUAAAAUUAAAAUAAAAUUCAAUUUACAAUAA